AUGGCUCUGACUAAUGGCUGUGACAUGACUGAUGUUGCCAGUGAUAGACAACUUGAUGAAUUUGACUCUGUCAAGGCUAUGUUUCCUAACAGAUGUAGAAUAAGUUCCGACACCGGAGAAUUCAGUAAAAUAAUUACAGUUCAGCCAGAAAACAUGGAUGCCACCAUCAAGUUUCAGUUGCCUGCUGCAUACCCAGCAACCGUACCUGAAAUUACCAUCCGUUCAGAAUCACUGAGUCAAGAAAACAUAACUUCAAUAACACAGCUGCUAACAUCAAAAGCAAGGGAGAUUAUAGGUCAACAAAUGAUCAGACAACUUAUUGCAGAUGCUGAAACUCAUUUAAAAGUACUCGGCCUUAAGCCAGGCAAAGUUGUUCAGACCAGCAGUCACAGAUUUCUUGAUACCCGCAAGCAAAAGAAUAAAAAACAGAAAACCAAAAUAUGCUCAGAGAAUGAAGUUCUUGACAGUAAGCUCCCUUCUAUGAAGACGGCUGAUGAUGUUGUGAAACGAAUAAUUUGGGAUGAAAUGUUAGAAAAAGAUGAUUUUAUUGUUGGUUACGUUGAUAGAUUUCAAGGUCUUGUAGAAGAAAGGUUUUCACUCUUUUCCUGGGAAAAUCUGGCAUCUGUUGACUAUGAGGCGCUUGCAAUUCCCAAGCACAGGAUUCAGUAUUUUAAAUACAAGAAUGUUAAGGUUUGGGAUAAAACUACAAGAAUUGAUAAUGUUUUUGGUUCUGGUGAAGGUACAAAAAACUAUUGA